CUUGAUCACAUUCUUUUUCCUCAGCAUUCAAUUCAACCCUCACCAACUACACCCGUACCCUCUCUCUAACAACCACAUCGACAAUGCCUCGUCAACGAUCCGUCGGCCGCGCUCCUUCGCGCCCUACCGCUUCGGCGCCCGCUCCUAAGCCUCAGCAGGCUCGUCCUGCCGCCACCAUGGCUGCUCCUCCCGCAGCUGCUCACCCUCCUCCCCAGGCCAUGCCUCCUCAGGCUGCCGCUCCCGUCUCCCAGGGCCCAGGUCUCUUUGGCCAGAUGGCCAGCACUGCUGCCGGUGUCGCUAUCGGCUCCUCGGUCGGCCACGCCAUCGGCGGCCUCUUCUCCGGCGGCUCCUCCGAGCCCGCUCCCGCCGCCGUCCAGGCCCAAGCCGCUCCCCAGGAGCAGUCGUACAACAACUGCGCCGGCGCUGCCCAGAACUUUACAAAGUGCAUGGACGACAACAACGGCAACAUGCAGAUCUGCAACUGGUACCUUGAGCAGCUCAAGGCCUGCCAGGCUGCCGGCACCAACUAAGUGUUGACUCGCCAUAUGUCCGUUACGAUUUAGACACGAGGGAACAAAAAAAAAAAAAGACUUUGAUAUCAAACCUGGGGAUUAAGAGCAUAGGGAAUUGGUUUUCCCCUUGACUAGCGUGCGUUAUUACGGGAUCUGUUGGGAAAAUACUACUGUUACAACUCUCGGCAUAACCAUCCAUUGUAUAAUACCAAAAGAACAAAAAAAGAUCUCCAUCCCACUCCACUGGGAAACACUA